CUUACCACCUGGUUGGAAUUUUCGGUUUGUUUUUUUUGUUUUUUGUUCUUCGGUUGUGUGUGAGUAUUUCGUUCAAGUGCUGCACCUGGAUUCGGUUACGCCUCAUAAGUCGUGAUAAAGAUGAAUAAAUCGGGACCGGCCUGUGAUCGUCUAUACGAGCUGGAAAACGACCAUGUAAAUAUGUGGAGCCGCCGCGUUUAUGUAGCUCUAGCAAAACAUCAAAACACACAUCAACAAAGCAUCCCAUAAAUACACACAUCAAAACACACAAAAGGACCCUUCUCGCCCGAUUGCUUUUUGAUGAAACUUUAACUUGUAAUAUUCUCUUUCAAAAGUCAUAAUUUUGAUACCCCUGAGUGAUAUAAAUAGAUGGGAAGUAGACCCAAGAAAUUGAAAAAAGAAACUGCAUCUUUUCAAAGUAGUCGCAAGAACUUACAGAUGAACAAGAUGUGUCUGGAUAGUCUACAACUAUAGUUAACGGUAAGCUGGUCGUGCUCCUUAUUCUCGUCGUCAUUGUAUUUCCAAAGAAAAAAUUGAAAUUUUGCUGAUAACAAGUCCCUUCACUGUACUGCCUGGCUCAGCCAGCACGAAGACGGCAAAUCUUUUGCCGAAAACGCCGCAAGUAUCAGCAUCAUGCUGCGACGAAAGGCAGCUGCGCGCGGGUUGUUGCUGGGAUCGUGGUCCGCUUCUGUUUUCAGGGUGGGUGGCAUCGGUAUGAAAAGUAGAGUACACAACUUCAUCCCCACGUCGUGCCCCCAGUUGCAUGUUACUGAUGGUUCCUUUCACAGCAAAAACAAAAGUGCCAGUAAUGGUAAAGAUGCAGGAGCUCCUGAUGUGCUCCGUCGUGCGACAAAAGAUCGCGACAAGAGGCACUUAUUCUGUUAUUUCGGAAUUAUUUUCCGGAUCGCCCUGCUCCUUUCAAGCGAGCAGAGCCAAGAACAGCGAGAAAAAGUGUGACAAUUCGAUAUUUAUGUGCAUGACGAAGGCUGAGGGGAAGUACAAAGGGAGGAAAUUUUUGUGCACUCCGAUAGAAGAAGCGGUGGACCACAGCACCAACUCGAACAAGGCACCUCGUCUCGUUCUUUUUGAUCCAAAUAAGAAGGGUCGUGAUUCUAUGGGUGGCAAUUCCUGUCCUGUAAGGCGCUCUCAAACUCGUUAAGUACUACACUCUCAACUGUUGUUACAUGAAUUGCGAUGCAAAACUAGCAAAAGUCGUGCAGGGAGGGAGCCUGAUGCGUCGUGUCCCGCAUAAAUUUGGCACAGAUUUACUUGUUCCCAUGCCGUUUAAUGGCGCUUCAAUAAUUUUUUUGUCAUGCCAACUGGCGUCUUGAUUGUGCGGAGGCUGAUCUGGUAACCAAAGCGUGCGCAAGCGCUCGCAAGAGCGCUUUGCGCGCGGGCUUGCCCGCGCGCAAAGCGCUCUUUGCGAGAUGCUCAUCCAUCGCAAACGCAGCGCGAAGGCUUUGCCGUUACCAUAUGGGAGGAACUCGGGGGUAUGCAAUCACUGGAAAAAUCGGGCAUUACGAAGUGUGUUUUGCCUUCAGAAAGCGGAUCGGGCAGAAUUGCUGGGAAUUUUCCGGAAAGCAGCCAAAACAGCAAUUGCCAAGCGGGGAAGGGGUAAAAAAGAGCAUUUUUGCAGCUCCGCCCAGUCUGAAUCUGAAAAAAGAGAAUGGCACUUUCGGCUGGGGCCGAUGGUGUGAUGCGUUUUAUAGCGGAAAAUGCGUCGCGUCCGGGCAGCUCCAGCCGCUUUAAAAUUGAAAAAAAACGUUGAAAAAAUGCAAUUUUUCGCAGCAUGCAAGCGGGCGAGAAAAUUUACCGAUUUUCUCCAGUCCCCGGAAAACGCUUGGAAAUUGAAAAUGACAACUUUUUCUGAAAAAGCAAAAACCGCUUAGAAAUUGCCGCUCAAAAGGGGUUCGCAAAAUUUUCCGCAGGCCCGUGCCACCGGGAUUGGACGAGAAAAAAACAACUGUCAAGCCUGUGGAGGUGUGUCACACGGGCACGGUUUUCGACCUCUCUGAGGUCGCAAAUUGGAACCCUUGCCCCGCUUGGAAAAGCCCGAUCUGGGUGGCCCGAAAGGGCAGCCGGAAAUGAACAGAACUGCGUUACUUUUGUAAUUUGCGUAUUUUUCCGGGCCAGCGUGCCCUCGUGCAUAACGUUAUGCACGACGGGGCGAUGCUCGUUGAAAAACGCAUUCUUUUGCGCGCCCUUGCUUCCUGGUUAGAGGAUGAGAGCGCGGCCCGAAGCGGGCUGCAGUGUUGGACCGCGGCCCUUCGCACUGUAGCGGUAGCCUUCGCACUGUAGCGGUAGCCCCUUCGGAUGCGCGGUAGCCUUCGCACUGACUGGGGUGGUUCGCACGCUUUUGGUUACCAAUAUCGCCCUCCGGGCGCGACCUUAAUAGGUUUUUUUGCACGACAAAUUGUGAUGCAUUAACAGUUGUUGACUACAGUGUAGUAACCUUUGAGACCACUGUCAUAUCCUGGUUGCUGGGAUUGUAAGUAUGAUUCUGGAUGCGGACCGAAAACGACGUGCAAGGAGCUGUCUCUGCACAUGAAGGAAUCGAAGACACCGGAGGAUUUGGGGAUGAGCCAUGACCAGUGGGCGGAAUCACUGUGUGAACGGGCCGGCGAAGGCUUACAAUACAUGCACUACUCCGACACGAAGGUCCUGAUCAACGAGAACAACCCGGAUUGGAUGUUGAAUGACAAGACCCUCGCGGAAAAAUGCUGCACGAAGCCGUUUAUGGUGCUUAUGCAUUGCAAAAGCUAUGUAUCCAAUACAACUAUCAGUGAUCGCAUCUUCUUUGAUGUCACAAAUUUCGCCAGAAGGGGAAAUGAAAGUUAACUUUACAAAAAAGUAGAUUUGUCCUGCAUGAUUAGUACGAAUACGAUACUUUUGCAGUGGAUAGUACCCGCCGCCCGAUCCACCUCUGCGUCCAGUACCUCCUUUUUGCAAGCAUAAAUGAGUUUGCACGGUAACAAGAUGAACAACUGGAACCGCACUGAAAAAGUUCUUGAACUGCUUGAAAAUAAACUUCCUGAAUUGCUGCGACGUAGUACAACUAGCAGCCCGGCGCCGACCCAACGUCAUCUACUUCACCAGUGCUCAUCUCUCCUCCUUACAAUUCAGAGCCACGUACGUCUUUUUCAUCAUCAUUCGCAUCAUUCAAGAUUGAGCGACCACGUAGUGCUUCUUCAUUUUCAACACCUAGGUGAAGAUGAGCGUCAACGUACAAUACCUUUCUAGUUUCUGAAAAGUUACGUAAAAAUCCGUAAAAAUCAAUGGCGAUUUGUUGUUCCGUAUUAAGAUUGUUCAAUAUAAUCAGGAGAGCAGGUUUAAUAGCAGUAGACCACGACAUCACCGACAUCGGCACUGACUCUUUUCGUAUGAACCUUGUGAAUCUUUGUUUUGAUGCAGUAAAUUAAUUAUAAUUUCAUCUUCAUUAUUAUUACAACUAACGAAGUUUGUCGCUUGUUUCAGAAGUCUUUCUCGAUUCUCGUCGCGUUGGUUCUUCUGAUGUGGUUGUCCGCCUUCUACACCUCUUAGUGGGGUUGAGGGCUUCAAAUAUUGAAGCAUAUCUAGGACUACAUGUGACGACGACGAGAGAGGUCAUCGACAACGAACAAGGCAGCUGAUUGCUAUAAUUUUUGGUGCUAUAAUCCGUGCAAUGGUGUUGUUCAGCAGCCAAGUUGUCAAUGCGCUUAACUUGUUUUGUUAUCUAGGGCAUGAUGUUUUGAGAGAGAAAAUGAAAGAACUUCAACGUGUUUUAGAAAAAUUACAUUUCAUCUGUUUUGAAUCGUUUAUUUCAUGGUCCGUUUUCUUCGCUUUUCGG